CUUUCAUCUCCCCUUCCUUUAACAUCAACAACGAAUCAAACAAUUUCAAGGCAAAACCACGAACCAACGACCCAUUUUCAAUCAUUGUUACCCGAAUCGAGGACUUUUGCACUUUUCACGAUAACGAAUCAACUCUCUGCAAUCCAAUCCAAUCCAAUCGAAUUCAAUUUCCCAGCAAAGCAGCAAAGCAGAAAAGCAUUGAACUUGCACAAAUUUCAGUCUCUAGGUACGAGUAGCUCAAAUUUCCGUCGAUUUGUCGCAUUAUUGCAUCGCCGCAUCGGACUUUACACUAAAACACCUUACCUACCUAAAGGUCCCUAAACACAACAUAAAGGGUGCUUUAAAGAAAGAAGCACAAGCCAAAAGGUUUCGCAAAGGGAAAUUCAUCCAUUUACGCUCGUGCCUUUUGCCCUCUUUUUAACGCAUUCACAAUUCACCAUCAUUGAAGGGCUGACGACACGGAUACCUACCUGUCAAUCUAUUUUAUUUGCCUAGGUACCUACCUACUGCCUACCCAACUGCCUAUCUGCCUAUCUACCUACCUACCUACCUACCUAUCUCUCUCUAUCUAUCUAUCUUUGCCGAUAACAGACGCGGACAAGUACCACGAGGGAAAAGAUUCCAGGAUUUCAAUACCCCAAGAGAGUCAGUCCAGUGGUGAUUCACGUAGGGAGUGAUUCAGGCAGGUACCUUGUAUUUAUCGCAUCGUGGGACUUUUUAUUUAUCUAUUUCGGUGGUGAUAAGCCGAGCAGAACACUGCCAAUCAUUCAUCGUUUUCCCUCCACCCCAAAAAUAAUAUCAUCGCCAUAGCCCUAUCAACAACACCAAAAGAGGACCCUCAACGCCAAAACAAUUGGCCAUAGCACCUGAUCCCGUGAUUGAUUCUACCUGCGGGAAGGAUCAAACACAGCUUGCCAUUGAAAUUGAUCUGAAUCCAUUUCAAGUCGCCUAUUUGGAAGGUGAGUUUCGUCCCCAAUCAAAGGGAAAUCUUGAUAUCUCGAAAAUUUCAGAUCCACCAUCUGAAAAGCUGCUUGCUAUUUGCUAUCCUCGGCUUUCCUUUUUGGAUUUGUACUCAUUGUCGCGGUUGCGUGUCACACUGGCAUAAAGCUGCAGUAACUAUGCAAAACAAGCCAGUUACUGCUACAGCUACGGCUACUUUGAUCAUUCAAAGCAAAAGAGGAAAACUACGUUACUUUAUACACGAAAUUUCUUAGAACUAACUAACAUUUAUCUUGUCUUCUUCUUUUAGCUAGCCAAUUCAAAGACAAAACAAUAGAUUGAUUAGAUCGAUCGGACAAAGUUCCAAUUCUUACAAAUUCCAAUACCAAUAAUUCACAUCUCAGACUCGGAUUGGGAUUCUUGAACCGACUGCAAUACGAAUAACAGCUUCAAAGCUUUUAAGCUAUCUAACCUAUCUACUACCCAGUAGUUUGAACUACCCCGACAAUCCGAACAGUCCGAGCAGUCCAGCCCCUCACAUCAACACCUAACCUUACAAAUCUUCAGCCAAUACCCAUAAGGUACAAUAAAAGUAAGCACCCCUCAAAGUUCAAACUGCUACAGCUACAGCUACAGCCGCACCAUCCUACUCCACCUCAAAGUCAAAGCUCUUGUUACAUUUAUUAAUACAUACGACUAGAUACAACUCAUACUCACUUACAUAUCAACGCGCAACACAAACCACCUGUUUGUGACUCAAUUUAUCUAUCUGGGACUAGAUUCAAUUCAAAAAUACGUCACGUCAUCUUAAUUGAAUAAUAUUCCCAAUUCUUUUUCAUUUAUUACCGGUAAAGUGAGAGGGAAAAAAAACUCAGUGAACCAGGUAAGCUUAGUUUUGCAUGACCUCCACACCUCCACAUGCAUUGCCAGCGCAUCACUGGUCAAAGGCCAAAAAAAAAUAACAUCGGGUCCCAACCCUUCCCCUCCCAAUCAUUCCAAUCAUUCUGAAGCUUGAUUUAAAUUUAACCAUUCAUCAUAACUAACUUCUCUGGUUGGAUAGUGAAAUACCACAAAGUCAAUAUUUACUAGAGAAAAGUUUCGUUACUCAAAGAGUGGCUCGCGAAAUAGCUAGAUACCACAAAAGGUUGUUCAACAUCUAUCUUUGAAUAACUUCAACCCGAUAUUCUCACGUGGGGUGACCAACUUUCGAGCCUAAUACGCCGCAAGCCUCACUUGAGUACCUUUCGUUUACAUCAGCUUGCAUAUGCUGUGCUGCGGUCAAUUACGGUGUACACCUACCAUAUUGCUUGCCAGCACAUCCACGCAUACCAAGUCGACGGUUGACGAGCAGGCUUAGGCACUAGCUCGGUGACGGCCACCUGGGACUCUUGCGACAGCAUUGCCAACGCGUUAUUCCGGGUCAUCGAAACUUCGGAUUUACAUCAUAAUACCCAACUCCAUUCAUAACUAAACUCGGUGAACUCGAUAGCACCUUUCUUGUCGCUUUCUACACCUAUCAAGAACUCUCUCUUAAUUGCUUCGACGCGUCGCAAGCUUCACCGCAAUCGCAAUCUAGACGAUUGAAAUCUCCACUUCUUUACAAAAUCCUCUUACGGAAUCAAAUCUAUACAAAUGAUGGAGUACGCGCAUUAUCAGCAACCGCCGCAAGGCCAGCAUAAUCAUACACAGACGCAUAUUCAAGGUGGAUAUUCAAAUUCCGGUCAACACUCAAAUCCUGGAGCUCCAAUUACUUCCCCAUCUCAACAACAACCAUCGGUCCAUUCGCAGCAUGGUGUUCAACAAUCUCCAAUUCUUUCUUCGCAGUCGCAGCAAGGAGGACCCAAUGCGGGACACAUGCAGCAACACACAAUGGGAUACCAACCAGCAUACCCAAUACCACAGAUGAACAUGCAAUAUGGCGGCAAUCCGAUUACUCCUCAAGCAGCAGCAAUGGCAGCAACUAAUGCAGCCGCUGGUAACUAUCCUUAUAGUAUCCCCGACUCAAGCUUGCCCCAAACAUCGCCAAGAAUAGGUGCGGGUAUCAAUGUGAAGAAGGAAAGAGUACCGCGAUCACCAACACAGGCCGGCAUCAAUAAUCAAAUUGCUCAAAAUCGUCGCAUGAGUACGCAACAAGUCGGUAGUCCCGCCGUACCUAAUGCGCAACCUCAUAUGAACCAUGCGCCUCGGUCAUCGGUUUCAGGACCUUCCAUGUCAGGACCACCCAUGUCGGCACCGCCACCACCACACCCUCAAUCCCCUGAACUUGUAUCAGGAGCAAUUGAGGAAUCACCUUUGUAUGUCAACGCAAAGCAAUUUCAUCGUAUUUUGAAGCGUCGCGUGGCGAGACAGAGAUUAGAGGAAGCCCUACGAUUGACUUCAAAGGGUAGGAAGCCGUAUUUACACGAGAGUAGACAUAACCACGCGAUGAGAAGACCCAGAGGUCCUGGUGGUCGAUUCUUAACAGCAGAUGAGGUUGCAGAAAUUGAAAGAACAAAGGGUGAUGGUGGAGAUGAAAAUGAUAAAACGUUAGAAACACCGGCGAAGGGCAUUUCUAGUGUGGGUGCUGGUUCGGGAACUAAGCGAAAAGCCGAUUCCGAUAAUCACACUCCUAGUAAGAAAGCUAAAUUGGUGGCUGCAGCAAGAAGCAGUGCCGAGGAAGAUGAUGAGGAUGAGGAUGAUGCGGAAGAUGAUGGAUGAAUAUGUAACUGAAAAUUCUUUCUUUCAUGCCAUUCAUCAUUCUAAAGCUCAAUUGUUUAUUUAUGAUAUCACGACAGCGAUUGUUUUUUGACCUACAAUUGUGUUUCUAACACUUCAUUACUUCAUUAGCGAUUUUAGGGGCCUGGUUUUUCAUGUAUGGGUUGCACUUUGGAUAUGAAUGGGUUUUUCAUGUCACAAUGUGAGGAUGUGCCUAAUUUCAGGCUGGCAGGAGUUUUCUCACAGAUUUUCUUUUCGGGUCUCUAGGGUGGCUUUUAUAUUUGCUUGGAUGGAAGGAAUGGGGCCAAUUCAAUUGGGAGGAUAGGAAUAUCAUAUGGAGGUGUGGUAGAUGGAUGCAAGAUGAAAGUAUGACAUUGAGAUGAAGGAAAGAAUUCAGAUAAAAAUAUGAGGAAGCUAGGGACUGCAUAUGGACGGUAACCUUUGAGAUAGUGUGGCUACACGGGACAUUCGCUUCUCUUUACAUUUCUUUUUUGAUUCCCAACUUUAUGAAGUACAUUACAACACAGCGACAGCUUCUCUUUUUUUUAAAUUUCAACUUGCAAGAGAUCCAAAAUCAACAAAAUUUCACUUUAUUGCAAACACUUUUUGUUCUUCCUUGUAAAUUCAUGUCUUCCAAAUAUAAAACUUUCUUCUUUGAUAUGUUACCUAUGAUGUAGUAUAUUAUUAUAUUGCAGUGGCCUAUU